CGGGCAACUCAGUUGGCAUACGCCCUCAGCGGGAUGGAACGGCGCGUGCAACGGGUAUUCUCCUUGUUCCUGCUUCUUCUGUAUCCGAUCCUUUCUUCCGAGUACGACGUCGGCGUCAUCAUGGUGUCCAAAUCUGAGGAGAACCGUUUCGAUAUUCAACGUAUCGGUCCAGCCAUUGACAUCGCCGCUCAAGCAUGCGUCCGAGACUACGGCACCCGUCUACGACUAAUCCCCGGUUAUUAUCCAAACAGAUGUUCCGAAAUGAACGCCAUCGGCAAAGCGACAGACUUGGUGACACGCUAUCCUGAUAUGGCAGCGUUUGUGGGACCGUCGUGCAGUAUGGACUUAAAUAUUAUUGAGAAGUACGCAAGUUACAAACGCAUCCCCAUAGUGACUGGACUGGGCGAUAGUUUCGAGCGUGAUCCCAACUCAUCAUCGACACUGGUGAGGACAUCUUACGUUUUGAGAGAUAAAGCGAGAGCCAUCUUAGCCUUUCUGGGACAUUUCGGUUGGUCCACUUUCGGUAUUGUGUACCGAGACAGAAAUGUCUAUUACGAGACUUUGUACAACGAGCUCACUCAGCUCGCGGAGGGUGCCAACAUGACGAUUCCUUGCAAGAGGCAUUUUCUACGAGAUGACAAGAAGAAAGUGGUCAUGUCGGAUCUGAGGGCAAUUAUGGUAGACAUCAAAGAGUGCAGCAGAAUUGUGGUCCUACUUACCGGCGAAAAAGAAGUGCGCACCAUGCUGGAGCACGCGGAAGAACUUGGCAUGACGCAAUCAGGCGACUACGCCUUCCUGUAUCCGGAACUCUUUCAAAGUGAAGCCACAGGAAACAUGUCAUGGUCCAAAGGCGUAGGCGAUCCACUACGCCGGCAGCGCCUGAAGAAGGCAUUUGAAUCCCUUAUGAUCAUCAGCCUCAACCAACCGCUGUCGGAUGAGUACAUGCGGUUUUCGAACGAAGUAAAACGCCGUGCAGGCACAGAGUACAACGUCACAAAUUACAAAGAACAAGUCGUGAACUAUUUUACUGCUAGUUUUCACGAUGCAGUCGUGAUGCUCUGCAAGGCUAUCAAUGAGACUGUUACGAAUGGCAUGAAUCCCUACAUUGGAGACAACAUCGUCAACCGGAUGCUGAAUUCCAACAUGACAGGUGUAUCUGGACAAGUAGCGAUCGAUAGUGCAGGCGACAGAAUAGCAGACUACGCCCUCCUGGACCAAGUGGACCCCAGCACAGGAGAUUUCGAGGUUGUCUUGAAGUAUUUCGGCGCCAACCAGAGUUACGAACAGGGCAGAGAGAUUCACUGGCCAGGGAAGGGACCGCCAGCAGAUGUUCCCUACUGUGGGUUUGACGGGAAACACCCGAGGUGUUCCGAAGAUGAUUCUUUUCCUUUCUUCGAAACCAUCGUCAUCACUGCUCUGCUUCUACUGAUUAUCGUACUCAUAUGUGCAUUUCUCAUAUACAGAAAGAUGCAGAUGGAAAGCUCUCUCGCCAAUAUGUCUUGGAAGAUCAAGUGGGAGGACAUUGUGUUUACAAGGCACCAGCGCAGCAGCUGGAUGAUGAGCAGGCUCUCAAUAACAAGCGCAAUGUCCAACAAGAUGGAAAGAGGAUGGGUUCAGUGGAGUCCAGAGAUACGAGACAGUACACUCUUGGAACCGGCAAUGAAGAGCAACGAACAACAAUUUAUCCUGUCCGGUGCUCUCAAGGGCACAAUGGUUGCCGUGAAACGUCUACCCCACCAGAAAAGGAUAGAGCUAACAAGAGAAGUGCUGAUUGAGAUGAAAAAGAUGCGUGAAGCGCAGCACGAAAACAUUGCACGAUUCGUCGGUGCUUGUGUUGAUGCCCCAAACGUCGCCAUUAUAACGGAGUACUGUCCCAAGGGUAGUUUACAGGACGUACUUCACAACGAGUCCUUAAAAUUGGAGUGGCUCUUUCGGUAUUCGCUCAUCAAUGACAUAGUUAAGGGAAUGUGCUACUUGCAUAACAGCGAAAUCAUGUCACACGGCCGUUUACGAAGCUCCAACUGCGUGGUGGACAGCCACUUCGUCCUGAAGCUCACCGACUUCGGACUGCCAAGUUUUCGGGAAGACGAGACUUACCAUGCAUACAUGUCACACUGCCCCGAGAAAUUUUUAUGGAAAGCCCCAGAACUUCUACGACUAAAGAGGUGUUCAUCCUCUGGUUCACAGAAGGGCGACGUGUAUAGCUUUGGUAUCAUACUUCAAGAGAUCAUACUCAGGGAAGAAGCUUUCUACCCACACCGUGAAACAAUGGAUACCUCUCUACUGCUGGCAAGAGUCAUUCUCAAGGAAGAUCCGCCGUUUCGGCCAGUUGUUGACAAAGACGCAUGCAUUGCUGAACUACAUCAGCUGAUGACACGAUGCUGGACAGAGGAUCCCGAUUAUCGACCUUCAUUCGCGCAGAUCAAAGUCAUGAUGCGAGUUAUAAACAGGGGCUACCAUGGGGAGGUCAAUAUCAUGGACAACAUCAUGGCUCGAAUGGAACAGUAUGCAAAUGAACUCGAGGUCCUUGUGGAACAGAGAACAGCAGCCUUUUUGGAAGAGAAACGGAAAUCUGAGGAGCUAUUGUAUCAAGUUCUCCCGAGAUCCGUAGCAGAACAGUUGAAACGUGGAAGGGCAGUCACACCAGAGCUCUUCGACAGCGUCACUAUUUAUUUCAGCGACAUCGUAGGAUUCACUUCAAUGAGCUCAACGAGCACUCCAAUACAGGUUGUUGAUUUCCUGAACGACUUGUACACAUGUUUUGAUUCGGUGAUUAGCGACUUCGAUGUUUAUAAGGUAGAAACCAUAGGUGACGCUUACAUGGUUGUGUCUGGGCUUCCGGAUAGGAAUGGCUACAACCACGCAAGAGAAGUCGCCCGGAUGGCGCUUAGCCUCUUGCGGGCCGUUAAGAAUUUUAAAAUUAGGCAUCGGCCUGAUGAACAGCUGAAGCUACGAAUAGGAAUUCACACGGGUCCAUGCUGUGCAGGCGUAGUAGGACAAAGAAUGCCCCGAUACUGCCUCUUCGGUGACACCGUAAACACUGCAUCGAGAAUGGAGUCGAAUGGUGAACCACUAAGGAUUCACGUGAGCCCCGAUAGCAAGGCUGUCCUAGACCGGUUCGGCACAUUCCGAUUAGAACCGCGUGGACCAAUAAAUGUGAAGGGAAAGGGAACGAUGAACACAUACUGGCUGAUAGGCGAGCAUUCGAAGGACGUUCGGAUUCUUGAAGACGGAAGCCGAAGAGUCGUUGUGUGAAACGGUCGCAAGAGCUUAUUGUGAUUAAUUAGCAAACAUCUCUGAAGGUAUACGUCACCAUAAUAGUUAACCUUCAGGGUAUGUCAAUGGCAGUUGCUGGCCUUGACAUUACGACUGUCAUUUCAGUAAUUGCGUAAAUAAGUGUUGAGGUCACGCCAUUAGAACAGUAUACACGCAAAAUUCGAUGGUAGCCCCGUGUGUCGGUAGUGGCCGUGUGUCGCUGCCUUCGGAUGAGAGGCACGGUUAGAAUGAAAUGGAUACAAUCACGCAACGCAUGGCGCCCGUAUAUGUCCUAAGGCAGAUGAACAGAAAGUUACCCUUGAUGAAAUACAUUGUGUGAUACAUGAUGAAAUGAUUCGCUAUCCUCUACUCUAUCUAAUGCCACUUAUUAAUUAACGUGCAUCGCAGGCUCCGAUAUGGAACGUCUCACAGCUGCCUCCUCGAUGUAACAGACUAGUUUACAUAAUCGUAGUAGUUCUCCUUAGAAGCUCUCCUGUAGUUCCACUAUAUGCUUCAUUCGAAUUGUGAGGUACCGUUUCAUCUAAUAAGUGUCAACUACAGAAUGUGCAUAACGCCAACCGUGGACAGGUAGGAAAUAUGGCGAACCGGCGAGGAAAUGUGAAGGUAAGCACCUCUAGACGAGAGCCGCCGAAAUUUCUUCUUGGCCAGAAGACGAAGACCGAUAUGAAAGCUGAGACAUAUGGAACCAACUGUUCUCAACGGAUGUCUUAUUUGUGUGGCACUGGGCAGAUACAGGGUACCUUUGUAUCCUGGUACCAUUGUUCGGGACCUCGUCGAAACGUGCCUCACGCUCAGCGCUUUUGCAGCCAGCGCAAGCCAGAGAGGAGCAAAGCACGCUCAUACCAGGGAAGACAAGCACACGGCCCGUGUACUUUCCUUCUGUCUGACUUGUGCGAUCAGCUGCUUUCAACGUGUUCCCCCGGCGACACGGUGCUGCGGUUUCAAUAUGGCGGCGUCCACGAGAAAACAGUGUAUAUACAAACGUGGUGAUCAACCGAAAUUGUGGCUGCAACAGAGCGAAUGAAGCAAGCGUAUCAGUCAAGCCUGCUACGAGGGUCCCUUGGACGACUAGUCAUCCCAUCGUUUCAUUAACCUGUCAUCACAUUAUUAUGUUUCAUUAAGUUUAUUUCGAGUUACCCAUACUAUUAACUCAUAGAAAGGUGGGAUAUCGAAGGCUCAUCUCAAGAUGAUAUGGGUUCCAGGCGUCGUCCUGCAUCAUUAUCACUCAGGUGUGCUGUCUACUGCAGCUGCAAGUGCAUAAAUUUCAGGGAGACCUUCAUAGUACUAAUAAAGACGAAUAUUUGCUCUUUCA